ACUCUCACUCUUCAAUUUUCAACGUUCAAACUCGAAUUAAAAAGAAAAACGGAAAAAAGAAAACGUUUUCCAAUCAUUCGGAUUUACCGUUUUCGAAUUCAGAGUUAGAACAAUGGCAAAUUCAUCACUGGGAGUAGAACUUGUCCAUGAAAAUGGGACCCAACAGGUUGCUGAGGUCGAGUUGCUCCCUGCAACCAAUGAUGAUCAUGGAGGAAUCAUUGUCGAUAUGAAGGAGCCUAUGGAGCCUGCUUCUUUUGCUACUUUGCUCAGAGCUUCCAUGUCACAAUGGAGGAGACAGGGAAAGAAGGGUGUUUGGAUAAAAUUGCCCAUUGAGCUGGUAAACCUUGUGGAAACUACGGUAAAGGAGGGAUUUAGCUACCAUCAUGCUGAGCCACAGUACCUGAUGCUUGUUUACUGGAUUCCUGAAACUCCCAGUACAAUUCCUGCAAAUGCUUCACACCGAGUUUCCAUUGGCGCGGUUGUCAUAAAGGAUGGAAACCAGUUGCUUGUAGUGCAAGAAAAGUUUGGCAUAUUCAAAGGAAUGGGUGUGUGGAAAGUUCCUACUGGAGUUACUGAUGAGGGGGAGGAUAUUUUUCAGACAGCAAUAAGAGAAGUGAAAGAGGAAACUGGAAUUGAUACAGAAUUUUUGGAGAUAUUAGCAUUCAGGCAAACACACGAGGCAUACUUUGAAAAAUCGGAACUGCUGUUUGUGUGCAUGCUGCGACCGGUGUCCUUCGACAUACAGAAACAAGAUCUAGAAAUUGAGGCAGCACAGUGGAUGCCAUUCGAGGAAUAUGCAGCUCAACCACUGAACCAGAAGCAUGGAUUCUUCAAGUGCGUCACUGAAAUAUGCGAAAAAAAGCUAGAUGGGAACUACACUGGAUUUACUCACCGGACUACAAAAUCAUCAUUUACUAAUAGAUCAAGCUAUUUAUAUUUGAGUGGGAAAGACUUGAAUAAUUGAUCCAUUACUUCUCUCUGAUGAUCAAUCCUAGGUAAUAAUAAUAACUGGUGUAUCUUUUCCUGUGAUUUUCUUAUCUUUGAUGAAUCAAUUAUUGUUGAUAAUCCAUAUGUACUUGGUUUGAUUGUCCUUUAAUAAGAUGGUUGGUAACUACUUAGUGGCA